UCCGUUCCGUUCCGUUCCGUUCCUGCGGCGUCUCCAGCGCCGGGCACGGAGCGGCGGAGGGGAGAGCGGGUGGAACCCCCCCCCCCUCCUCCUCCCGCUGCCCCGUCGCCCCCCGGCAUCCACCACCAUGGUGCAGAAAUCCCGCAACGGAGGCGUUUACCCGGGGCCCGCAGCCGAAAAGAAGCUGAAGGUGGGAUUCGUGGGGCUGGACCCGGGAGCUCCGGAUUCCAGCCGGGACGGGGCUUUGCUCAUCGCCGGUUCCGAGAGCACCAAGAGGGGCAGCAUCCUCAGCAAACCCCGUUCUGGGGUAUCGGGUAGCGGGAAGCCCCCCAAAAGGAAUGCUUUUUACCGCAAGCUGCAGAAUUUUCUCUACAAUGUGUUGGAGAGACCGCGGGGCUGGGCUUUCAUUUACCACGCAUACGUUUUUCUACUUGUUUUCUCCUGCCUGGUGCUGUCUGUCUUCUCAACCAUCGAUGAGUAUCAGAACAGCUCUGAAGGGGCCCUUUAUAUUCUGGAAAUUGUCACCAUCGUGGUGUUUGGGGUGGAGUAUUUUGUGCGGAUCUGGGCAGCCGGCUGCUGCUGUCGGUACCGGGGCUGGAGAGGAAGGUUGAAAUUUGCCCGCAAGCCUUUCUGCGUCAUCGACAUCAUGGUGCUGAUCGCAUCCAUUGCUGUGCUGGCAGCGGGCUCCCAGGGCAAUGUCUUUGCCACCUCAGCGCUCAGGAGCUUGCGCUUCCUUCAGAUCCUGCGCAUGAUCCGCAUGGACCGGCGCGGUGGCACCUGGAAGCUGUUGGGCUCUGUGGUCUACGCACACAGCAAGGAGCUGAUUACUGCCUGGUAUAUUGGCUUCCUCUGCCUCAUCCUGGCCUCUUUCCUGGUAUACUUGGCUGAGAAAGGAGAAAAUGAGCACUUUGAUACAUACGCAGAUGCACUCUGGUGGGGUCUGAUCACCCUGACCACCAUCGGCUAUGGGGACAAGUACCCACAGACCUGGAAUGGGAGGCUGCUGGCUGCAACCUUCACUCUCAUUGGUGUUUCCUUCUUUGCUCUCCCUGCUGGCAUUUUAGGUUCAGGGUUUGCUCUGAAGGUUCAGGAGCAGCAUCGACAAAAGCACUUUGAGAAGAGACGCAACCCAGCAGCAGGCCUGAUUCAGGCUGCAUGGAGGUUCUAUGCCACCAACCUGUCCCGCACAGACCUGCACUCUACGUGGCAAUACUAUGAGCGCACCGUCACCGUCCCCAUGUACAGACUCAUCCCACCUUUGAACCAGCUGGAGCUCCUGAGGAACCUGAAGAGCAAGUCGGGACUAACAUUCAGGAAAGAGCAGCAGCCCGAACCAUCGCCAAGUCAGAAGGUCAGUUUGAAAGAUCGUGUCUUCUCCAGUCCCCGCGGUGCUGGCACCAAAGGGAAAGGCUCUCCACAGGCUCAGGGCAUCCGGAGGUCCCCCAGCGCUGACCAGAGCAUUGAGGACAGCCCCAGCAAGGUGCCCAAGAGCUGGAGCUUCGGAGACCGCAGCAGAGCCCGGCAGGCUUUUCGCAUCAAGGGAGCUGCAUCGCGGCAGAACUCUGAAGAAGCAAGCCUGCCUGGAGAAGACAUUCCCGAUGAGAACAAAAGCUGCAACUGUGAGUUUGUGACGGAAGAUUUAACGCCAGGACUGAAAGUCAGCAUUAGGGCAGUGUGCAUUAUGCGAUUUCUUGUCUCCAAACGCAAGUUUAAGGAGAGCCUUCGGCCCUACGAUGUGAUGGAUGUCAUCGAGCAGUACUCAGCUGGCCACCUGGACAUGCUCUCCCGGAUUAAAAACCUCCAGUCCAGGAUAGAUAUGAUUGUGGGUCCCCCGCCCCCUUCAACUCCCCGGCAUAAGAAGUAUCCAACCAAAGGACCCAUGUAUUCUUCCAAAGAAUCUCCCCAAUACUCGCCUAGAGUUGACCAGAUCGUUGGGCGAGGAUCCUCCAUGACUGACAAAGAUCGGACCAAAGGCCCAGCUGAGGGGGAGCUGCCUGAAGACCCCAGCAUGAUGGGCAGGCUUGGGAAAGUUGAAAAACAGGUUCAGUCGAUGGAGAAGAAGCUGGACUUCCUGGUGAACAUUUACAUGCAGAGGAUGGGCAUCCCACCAACGGAGACAGAGGCCUACUUUGGGUCCAAAGAACCAGACCCUGCCCCUCCCUACCACAGCCCCGAGGACAGCAGGGAGCACAUCGACAAGAACGGCUGCAUCAUCAAGAUCAUCAGGUCCACCAGCUCCAUGGGCCAGAAGAACUUCUCAGCUCCGCCGGUCCCAACCAACUCGUGCCCACCCUCGACAUCGUGCCAGCAGCAGCCCUACCAGCGGCAGAGCCAUGGCUCCUCGCCUGUUGGAGACCCCGGCUCACUUGUUCGCAUCCCACCUCCUCCCUCCCACGAGCGCUCCCUGUCAGCCUACAGCAGCGGGCACAGGGCGAGCGCGGAGUACCUGCGGAACGAAGACAUUACCACCAAACACCACGAGAGUGCCCUGAGAGACAGCGACACGUCCAUCUCCAUCCCCUCGGUAGACCACGAGGAACUGGAGCGCUCUUUCAGCGGCUUUAGCAUUUCCCAGUCCAAAGAGAAUUUGGACAUCCUUAACAACGGUUGCUAUGCAGCCGUGGCCAAAAUCAGACCCUACAUUGCAGAAGGGGAAUCGGACACCGAUUCUGACCUCUGCACGCCCUGCGGCCCUCCUCCCAGGUCGGCCACGGGCGAGGGACCCUUCAGUGACAUGGGCUGGUCGGCCCCCCGGCAGUGAGGGCUCCGUGCAGCCUCAAGCCAUGGCCGAGCCCCGGCAGCUGCCCGCUCCAGCUGUCCUCAUGUCGAACUUCUCAAGGAGAUGGACAGCUAAGGGUUUCCUCCAUCUAGGACAUCCUUAGCUGCCGGAUGCUUUCUUGCAGCUUACUCUGGGGGGCAAUGAGCAGGCCCAAGCCUGUGGGAGUGGAAGAGGUCACACUGGUGAGCGAACUGGAGCCGUGAAGUCCGGAUUUCUUUCAUACUCUCUUUCUAAGAUCCUUAGGUGAAAUUCUUUCGUGGUGCAGGAUAGGCAAUUUGCAUUUCUUGGGAAUGUUCAGAGAUGUGGGGCAGGAAUAAAUCAUGCAGCCAGGGCUUUUGGAAGUCACAUCAAGAGUUAGUGAGCAGUGUCACAUGGUGGUUGCCAUACCGUGACACUGGUGAUUACACCUAUCAGUAUUUUGGAGUCACAGAAUGAAAAUGUGUCAGUUUCUAGCUUAGAUUUCAGGUCGCAUGAGAAUUGCUGGGGGGAUGUUAAUCCGUGGUUCAUCAUUAACGAUCAAGAAGAUGGGAGAGUUGCAAAAUAAUACAUGGAAUUUUUUAUGGGUCCCUGGAAGAGAGGGACAGUGGCUGGAAUAUUUGUGUAAACAGAAGUUAUGGUCUCCAAGAGGGACCAGUUAAGGGAAUGCUCUGAACCAGCAUGGUUUGGAAAUUCUACUUGUCCAGCAGCUUAGAAAAAUGAAAAACUCAUAAAUAUGAGCUUUCAUUCAAGAGCUGAGACAACCCAGGGAGCACAGAAACAAGGCAGAGAAAGGAGGACAAGUGACUGUGUGGCUGGAAUUUUGUAUUUCAAACCAUGUAUUAUCUUUAAUUAUCUCUCCUCCCAUUGCCAUGACCUGGAGGUGCUUUGGAAGCAAAGGCAAACCAAAGGCAACUCCUUUUCAGGGCUGCCAUGGUAUGAAACUGCCCUUAUGGCCAGCAGGGCUGUUGUGGAGUCACAGCAACAGCAAUCCAAAGGGAGAGCUGGAUAUGCAAGAUGCUGCAGUUCCUGCAUUGCUGCAAGCAGAGUGCUGAGCUCCAUCCUUUUGAAUUCCUGUUGGUCAGAGCGGGCCCUUUUCUUACAGUUUGCAUUGUGCCUGAACACUUUUGCAUACACUAUACCCCCUUUCUUCUUCUGCCCUGGCAAGAAUCUCACACUCCUGUCCUCUGGACAUAUGGCUUGUUUGGAUCUCUUAAGCUAAGAGAUACUUAUUUGUUUCUUCAUGAACUUUCAGAGGCCUCUUUCUUCAAUGUGCGUGCCCACAAGUUGUGCCAAUCCAAGUCUGCCCCAUUUUGUUGUUCUUGUUUGUCUUGGAAAGAUUGUGUUGCUAUCAGGAACUCCGGCGGUGUAUUCAGCUGGGGGAAGGUGAGAGGAGAAAUGAUGCUUAGUGUUUCUUUUGGGACCAAAAAAAAAAAAAAAGCCACGAAGUGAUCUUUUACAUGGAUAGAGAGAUUUCUUUUGACAAGAGAAUGGAUCAGAUAAAGUGUGUUUUGGGAUCCAGCUCCAAGGCUAGGACACCACAAACAGUGUUGUGCCUCUGAUGCCUCCUGUGUACCUACAGCCCAAAUCCUCCAUGUGUUUUUUGCAAUAGCCAUGACUGUAUCUGUGAUUUUAAAUCCCAUCUCCCCACUAUCUCCCCGUGUUGUACCAACAGCUCCUGAGGAUAUUUAGGUGACAGCUUAAUUUCUGCGUGGCCUUUGAGAGGUUGAACAUUGACUUGUUUGGGUUGAAGGGAGAAUCAUGGCUUCCUCUAGCAGCAGCCAGCUGAGACCCAAACUGUUUUGGCCCCUGGGAAGAUGUGGGUGCAGUCUGUGAGCUUACAGACAGGAGGUAAAACCAUCCUUUUGCUAGUGCUCAGACUAACAUGCAAGGCUCCACAUGGAGUCUAGGAGUAAUAGGAGUGUAAAAUGGCCAUAAAUGGUGCAGAUUUGGCCCUGCUGUGUUGCAAGUUUAGAUUCCUUCAAGUAGAGCAAAAUCUUCACCAAAUCAGAGAUAACAAACACUUGCAAUCUUUUUUAUUACUAUUAUUAUUAUUACUAUUUUACUGGGUUUUUUUGCAACUACUUUUUGAGGCCUGCUGGAAAUUUGGCACAGAAUGCUCCAGAUCAGGAUGAAGGUGAUGAUGUCUGGUUCUAUUACAGCAAAGGUACUUGCCUGGUCUUAAAUAUAGGUGACAAAGCCAGUGUUACUUCAAGGCACAAUUUAAGCUGAAUGUAAUUUUCAUCAUGUCCUAAAUUUGAAGCUCUGUUGGCUCUGAUUUGAAUGUGCAUUUUCCAGUUUUUAGUACAAAAUCCCUUUCUCUUGCCCAGCUGAUGUUAUACCCUCAAACACAGGUAAUGCCACUGUAUACUGAGGGGAAACAGUUCUAUUCUGCAUCCACUGUAGGUUUUCCACAUCGCAGUCCUUUACGUCCUUAGGGACUGCACAGGAAGAAUUGUGUUUCCCUCUUUAGACCAAAGUCUUUAAAGAUCUGUGACUUGUAGCUUUAAAAGGUGUUGUUUCUGUCCCAAGAUCACAGGAAACAAGUUUCAUAUCUGUACAGCAUAGAUUGCAUCUUAAUGCUGCAAAUUUCAUUGAAGAUUGUUUGGAAGAGAUAAAGCAAUAUUGCAUUCUGAUCCAUAGCAUCAUUUCAAAGAACUCCUACCCUCAGCCAUCCCAUAAAUCAGCACUUCUUGUUCAUCCCAGCAAAAAGGCUUGACCUGGAUUUUUGGGUUAACUUAUGCCGGAAUUGACUCCAAAUAAUACUCUUAUUUCUAAGAAAUGAUUCGUGGCUGUGUGAAUGGGAACAGAGCCUGCUCUAACUAAAGGUUUCGUUCUUUAUCAGCAAAGCUCCUUGCAAAGCCUUCGCUUUCAGUCCCUUGAUUUCCCCAUGCUCAUAUCACACACUCCUGUUGAUAAUCUUCCCCCAGAAGUCUUAACCACUAAGUUAAAAGAAAUAAAUUGGUUUUCCUUUGCUCAUAAGACAGUCCCAGUGAUGAAGACUCCUAAAAUGAUGUGCAGGAUAACUUUAUCCUUUUGCUGAGCCUCUCUUGGGCUGUCUUUGCUCCCCUAUUCUUCCCAUGUUUGGUUCCCUAUUUUUUGUCAGACCCUAAAGGACUGAAAGGAGCUUCAGGCCAUGCUAAGUGUGAACACGGGAGAACUGAAGAGCACUUUGAAGGCCCAAUUUCCAGCAGGCCAUCCUGAGCUGCUCCAGAGCUGCCCAUGUGGACACAUUCUACAGGUGACUGCACCUUAUGGGAUGGGGUAAUCCCUGACACACUCCUUUCAAGAGGUCAGGUUGCCUGAGAUAUCUAUGACAAGAUAUGUAGCCAGAGAUGCUGCAAGCUCCAUGCAGGUGGCCUUUCCUAACAUGACCCUGAGAUGUAAGAACAGAGCACUAGCCAUAAGUUGCAUUUCCCAACAUUUGGGAAGAGAGACUUUAAUGUUACUCCAGUGCAGAUUUUGUAUGUGAAUUUCCUUGUUGACUCAUUUUCUUAUUAAUGAUUUUUAGAACAAGAAUAUCAAGGAACUCACUGAAAUAAUAAACCAAAUCUUGUCCAGCUCAGAAAGCCAUCACAGUUCUUUAGACAGACUAUGCGACUAUGUUUCAAAUGCUGCUUAAUAGAUCCAAGCAAAUUCAGCAGGGCCAUUGCAAUUUACUGAUAAAUAGGUAUAUUUUUACAUUUUUAAUUGAUUUUUAAGAUUUUGAAUUGAAUUUUUAGAACAAGUUUAUAUAAUCUACCUGAAAAGCCAGAGCAUUGCUGCAGGUACAAGUGCUCCCCUUCCUAACUGUUACCCAAGACAAAGGAAAGAUGUUAUUUCUUCAUCCCUUUGUCAGGAGGGAGCUACUGCAAGCUUCAUUUCCUUUAUAUCCUCAGACCAUUGUGGUCAUGGCAACAUUAUUAUGAAACACAAAAUGAAAGUGUUAAAAGAGAAACUGGAGUUUCUGUCCUGCCAAAGCCAGAGGAGGAAGUGUGGGGCCAGGUGGGCACUCAGAUGGUAGCACUGAGGUGGGGUAUUCAUGUUUCUCACCCAGAAGGGACUUCCUCUUGCCUGAAUAGCAACUGCUAUGGCCUUGUGGCCACAUUCAUCUUGUAGGAGACCAGAAAAUGAUACUGGCUUGCUUCAGGACUCCCCUUAUAUGAAAUUCCUAAGGAAUAUAGACGAGUUAUCCCAUAUAAAAGCCCAUAGCACUGAGAAUUACAUUGGGAAUGUUAAAAAGCCCAGGAACAGAGUAAGUCUUUCUGUUUCUCCAUCCACACUCAUGCAAGCCUUCAGGUUGGGACAGCCACCAAGCCCCCCAUCCCUUCCUCCCCAGACGCUGCUCCCUGUGCCAGCAGUGCUCCAAGGCACAGCUGCACACCCUUGUCCCUUUCUGUUUUGAUCAGCUUCCUUUCCAUGAAUGAGGAACAAGGAAAUCAGAUACAAAAGCUCCUUCACCUGCAUGUAACAUUGAGGUUGUGACACAGAAGGAUGUUGCCCUGGGGUGUAAAAGCAAAGUCUUGCUUUUAGCACACAAACCUUUCUGUCUCAAACCCCAAAGCUUCUUAGGGCAAAGGCUGUGGGUUGGUUGGUUGUUGUCUUUUUUCUUUCUUUUUUAUUUUUAACAAUAACAAUAGGGUUUUUUUAAAAUAAUAAUAUGAUAAUAAUAAUACAUAGGAAUCUUCUUUAGUAUACCUUUAGUGUUUGAUGCCCCAGUGACACAAUACUGCUUGCCUUAUAUUAGUGUCUAGAGGGAGAGGGACUACACACUUUUUGAUACCGUAUUAAUCACGCUUGUAAUUUAGGCAGCCCCAAGGAGCGGCUGCUGCAAGAGGAGCAGCCAGGUCCUUUUUAAUGUAUGAAUGUGCUUUCCAGCCUAUCUCACUGACUGUAGUCUCAAUUUUGCCUGCUACUGCAUGCAGCCUGAGAUGAGUAGACAGCAAUACGCUCCAGCUGUAUCUGCACUCCCAGAUUGCUGUAGUACCUGGAGAAGGGUGACGUAGCUAAAAGUAUUAUUCUGGGGAGACACAAUCCUCCCAGAGACCCAUCACGUAGGGUGCUGCGGUGCUUCAGUAGGUAACACUGAUAUACCAAGUGUCUUUCAUGCUGCGGCUGAUCAUUGCCUCAUCCCUCUGAUACAGCAUGCACAAACUCCACUUCUUCUGCUUGUUAAUAAGGGGUAAAGAACGCACAUUUGUAACCUGCGGGCCACUGAAAUGUGUAUAUGGGGAGAAAAUAAGGGAAAAUAUGUGAAUUUUAUUGGCUGUGUGUAACAAGCUCCUUUCCACCCAAAUGUCUCUGAAGAAGGGCAUCCCAGAUAGCCCUUCCUGAGAGCGUGGAGGAGCAGGCAGAGCAGGGCAGGUGAUGCCAAGGGCAGAGCCCUGACCUUCAUUUUAGAGAUGCUAUUUGAUCCCACAUGUGUGGGACUUCCCAUAUUUCUCAUUCCCAUAAGGCUCUCUGGUGUACACGUGCAUUGUGCCUGCAGCCAAGCCUAAGGGGCAGGGGAGAAUGCAACUCCCAGACUUUGGAAACCCUCUUUGGAGAUUUCAUUGACAGCACUCGGGGAUCCUGGGAACCCUGCAGCUGUGCCAUAUUGAUAUUUCACAUAAGCAUUUCUUACUCUCCUUAUGGAGGGGCACUGAGCUGCCUUCAUAUCGCCAUAAAAGUUUUGCCACUGCUAUCACCCGCCAUGAUAGCAGUCUCACAAGGCCUUCAAGAUUUGCCCACAUUGCUGGUGUUUGAAGUCUCUUGUAUCUCUUGUGAUGUUGCUGCAAUCAAGUUUGCCAUUGUGUCUUUGCAUUCCUUGUCCAGACCACAUGCAAGUGAACAUGCAGUGCCAGAACUCUGCUCUGAGACUUUCUUUUGGUGUGGCAUCUCUAGAUUCCCCUUUGGGAAUCUACAACACAUUUUUUCCCCAGCCCCCUUUAGCAGUGCACAUAUGUGGCUUUGCAUGCCAGCCUCCAGCUUGGUAACAGGGAGACCCUGAAAGCAGCUAGUCCAAGCUGUGCUAUUUUCAAAGCUGCAAGGGAAGUUUGAAGCUUCUUCCUCUCUCCUCAUUUCUGCAUCUGCCUCAGAUGAGUUGUUCAAGCAGCAUCUGUUUGCCUAGUCCUGAGAAACUUGAGCUAACUGCAGCUACGAAGUUUUCCAAAACUCAGUGCCAAGCUCAGGCUAGAUUUCACCUGCAGCUAUGCCUACAAUCUUAGGGCAGGGUUAGUGGUUACAGGUAGAAGCCGUGCUCAGCGCUCCAGCUGGGAUGGUUCUGGCCCAAAACCAGGGCUGAAUGUCAUGCAGCAUGGGAUUGCAGCUCCAUGUGGCACUGCUGAGUGUGGACCUGAGGAAUUGCUCCCUCCUUCUCACUCUGCACAAGGAAAGCAAGCCAAGAUGAGACAAUGCCUCUGUAUUUCAGCAUGUUGCGUGUGCCUCCCAUUUAGGCAGAAGCAGCAUUUCACUGUAACCUCUUGAAUCUGACCAUCACAGUGAGCAUCACCCAGUAUUUCACAUGUGCAGUGGUGCUCAUGAAAGGGAUUUAUUACAGAUGUGGGUGUAGAGGGCUUGUUCCUCUAGCAUCUUUGUAGACAAUGAGUUCAGUUCUUGCUGAUGGAAAACUCAUCAGUGCUGGUGGCAGAUCUCUUCUUUCCUGCCAGGUUAGCCAUGUUGGUCCAGCGUCUCCCCUAGAGCUGGAGCUGCUCCAGUCUAUGGGUGGGACAUGGACCAUUCUGUGUUGGUUACUCUUCCCCACUACCUGACCCCAAGCCCUAAAAUUCAAAUUAAGAUGGUUUUGUGUUUGGUUUUGUUUUGGGCUUUUUAUUUCCCCUCCCCCCCC